AUGAAAUGUCAUUGCAUUUCAUAUAACCUUGUCUUCCGUAAGGCCCUCUUAUCCAGCUUGUCAGCCAUCUCACUCCAACUCUAUCCCAUCAUCGUUGCUAUUGUCCACAUCCAUACCAGUGUGGAUAAACUAAGCGAUUACAGCACGACUGCCAUCAGCACUGUUGGUGUGUGGUGUCCCAUUGACAUAUUGACCUCCACUUUUCGAGGCUACCGCCGACUAUUUUCACACCAGUCUUCUUCCAUUUUUAAUGAACACAAUGUGGGCAAUAAGCCGUGCGCAGUAGACGCAAGAAAGACUACCACGACGAUCAACCUUGGCGUCUCCAACGGUGCAAUUUGCCGAGCGUCAGCCCACACGGAAUCCGCCAUGGCGACGGGCCGGCCCACCUUCUGCGAGUCGACCGGGUGCCGCCGACUUGAAUUUGGGUCUCUGGGCCCACGUAGCCUACGCCUUUCUGACCGGGGGCCUGGAGUCAGUCUUUCCAAGCCCGGCUGUCGAAAGCCACGCCCGGGGUUGGAGAGAUUGACCUGUACCCACGAGUCAGACUUCACCAGUCUAGUCGACGCGAGCAACUUGGGCACUGAUAAAAUGCUUUUGAUGGCACCAAAAGAUGAUCUGGCACUUUGCAACUCGUCGGCUGGGCCAAAUGAGCCUUCGGUCGCGGCAUCAUUUUAUCCCAACCAAGAAGCUGAGGAGUACAAGUCAGGCAAAGAAAAUGGAGAGGGAGAAGUGGCAAAAGUCGUCUCGGAAACCGACAUCAUGAAGGGGAAACGGUUUGCACCGAGGUCGUUCCACGCCGAGGUCUACGAUACAUUAUUCGCCCUACAGAGUUUGUCAUCGGCUGCACCGCAGGUGCCCGGCCUUGGGGCUUACCUGUCUCGUGUGCGCGGAGUCUACGAAACACGCACUCUGGCCCUGCCCGAAGCUCGUUGUCUGGAGCUCAGCGCCGGGUCAAUGCCAGUGCUGCCGGCAAUGGUGUCACCGAUGGGGAUGGUGUCGAAAUCUGUGCUGUCUUCUGGUGUCAUCCGAGACGAAAUGAACCCCGGUUUCGGCAGCUUGGCUCGCCUGCCAGAUAUCACUAUCUUGAAUGAGGAAAGAGAUAUGGGCGAAGUCGCACGAAGAUGCGCACUUAUUCGGCCGUUCGGGUUCGGUACGCGCUUUUUCAAGUACCCGCUCAGUAACCGGUCAGUACGUGAACUUGGGAACUACCGAUUUAUGCCCCAAAUAACUUACAGUCAUGGCCACUGGCCUUCGACCGUGCAGGCGGGUUCACAUGACUGA